GAAAGACUAAGGGAGGAGACUUUGACCCUUUUCUGAGAGGAAGCGAGCUGCACUAAGAUGAACGCUGCGGAGCAUAGUCCUCGGAGAAACACAGUAGCUGAUAUGGAAGAGUUGGUGUCCAUGCCAAAGGUUGAAUUACAUGCCCACCUCAAUGGUUCUGUCAGAGACUCUACGCUUCUGGAGCUUGCUCGAGUCUUGGGUGACGAAGGUAUAAUAGUUUUCUCAGAUGUGGAACAUGUUAUCAUGAAAGAUGACCGUUCUUUGCAUGAAGUGUUCAAGUUGUUUGACCUGAUUCACAUUCUUACCACUGAUCACAAAACUGUUACAAGGAUCACAAAAGAAGUGGUUGAAGAUUUCGCAUAUGAGAAUGUUGUAUAUUUGGAGUUAAGAACAACUCCAAAGAAAAACGAUUCUAAAGGAAUGAGCAAACGCUCUUACAUGGAGGCAGUGAUGGAAGGUUUAAGGGCUGUUACUGUAGUUGAUGUGGAUUUUGCUCUUCAAACUUCAGAUACUAGAACUUCCAUGAAAGGGCUUCCUAUUAAUGAUACUUGUCAUGGAGCUAGAAGGAAAAAGAUAUAUGUUAGACUUCUUCUCAGCAUUGAUCGUCGCGAGACUACUGAAGCUGCAAUGGAAACUGUUAAGCUUGCCUUGGAAAUGAGAGAUUUAGGUGUAGUUGGCAUUGACCUUUCUGGAAAUCCUAUUGUGGGCGAAUGGAAUACAUUCUUGCCAGCAUUAAAAUUUGCCCAGGAACAAGGCCUCUGUAUAACACUUCACUGUGGAGAGGUACCUAAUCAUCAGGAGAUCCAAAUGAUGCUUGACUUUCUUCCCAAGAGAAUUGGCCAUGCAUGCUGUUUUAGAGAGGAAGAUUGGAAAAAGUUGAAAUCAUCUAAAAUACCGGUGGAGAUUUGUCUGACAUCUAACAUCAGGACAAAUACAAUUUCUUCACUAGAUAUUCAUCAUUUCGCCGAUUUGUAUAAUGCAAAACAUCCUGUAAUAUUGUGCACUGAUGAUUCUGGGGUUUUCUCCACAUCUCUUUCGAAGGAAUAUAGUCUUGCUUCAUCUGCUUUUGGUAUCGGGAGAAAGGAAUUGUUUCAGCUAGCUAGAAAUGGGAUUGAUUACAUAUUUGCUGAUGAUGAAGUGAAGGGAGACUUAACAGAGAUUUUUAAUUCAGCUGCUAAGGAGCUAGACCUAUGAUUAAGUUCUUGUGGAGCUCGUACCUCUUAAUUAGUACUGAUCAUAGCCAAUUUAUGAAAUUGUUAGCCUGCUCUUUGCUGUAACAUUCUUUAUUUUUAGCUUGAAACCAAUUGAUAACAUAUAUAUAUUGAGUUUGCAGAUUGCUUAG